GUCUCGUCGUGUACCUGUCAAUCAGCGGACGGUCCGCCCUCAUACCGUCAACGAACAUGGCGGGGCUAGCGGUGAGGCGCUGCGUUUCUCCUGCACUUUUCCUCAACAGGAGGCUGUCCGCACCAGAUUUGAGAGUCUGCUGCAGCUACCACAAGAAGGUGGUGGAUCACUAUGAGAAUCCCAGGAAUGUCGGCUCACUGGACAAGAAUGCCAAGAAUGUGGGGACAGGAUUGGUGGGGGCGCCUGCCUGUGGGGAUGUGAUGAAACUGCAAAUUGAAGUGGAUGAUCAGGGCAAGAUCGUGGAUGCCAGGUUCAAGACAUUUGGUUGUGGGUCCGCAAUCGCUUCCAGCUCGCUGGCGACUGAGUGGGUCAAGGGGAAAUCUGUUGACGAAGCCCUGAAAAUUAAGAAUACCGAGAUUGCCAAAGAACUGAGUCUUCCUCCGGUUAAGCUUCAUUGUUCCAUGCUUGCUGAAGACGCCAUAAAAGCAGCGCUGGCCGACUACAGGCUGAAACAGCAGAAGGACUAAGAGCCAGCAUCUGAGGGCCACUGCUCUCCACACGCUUCUGCCAGUAGCCAAGGCGACGUGACGUGGUCCCAACCGCCCCCCCCCCCCCCCCCCACCCACUCCCAGCGGACCCUGCAGUCCCACCAACCCUCUCUCCAGUUAACGCACAAUUAAAAAAAAUCUCUCAUCAGAUUAUUGAUGAGGAGUACAACCUUAUUGUUUGGGUUAAAGUUAGAAGUCUUUGUGUGUGUGUGUGUGUGUGUGUGUGUGUGUGUGUGUGUGUGUGUGUGUGUGUGUGUGUGUGUGUGUGUGUGUGUGUGUGUGUGUGUGUGUGUGUGUGUGUGUGUGGGCCUGUUUUCUAGAGCAUGUCCUACUAAAAUAUGUCAUUUAAAUAGAACGGGCAGUAAUGUGGCAGGAGGCUGUCUCGCUGUCUCGCUGUCUCGCUGUCGCACUGGUUGUGUGAAAGGGCCGAUGUUUUACAUUCUCACUGUAUUUCCUUCUUGCCUGAGAAAUGUGGUGUGCUGGUAGUAAGUCAUGUUUUGGAUAGAUUGCCUUAUUAUAAUAACCAUAUUAAAGCAGUAAUAAAGCAUCAAA